AGCGUUAAGCGUGUUGUGUGUAUUUGAGAGAGCGGAGACUCACACAUCAGCACCUGUAGCUAUAGGUUAUAUUUAUUUCCGUGAUUUUUAAACAAUUGUAUAUAUAUAUUUAUUUGUUUAGUGGAUUUACAGCAAGUUUUCAUUAAAAUAAAGCCAGCUUAAAAAAAAAAAAAAAAAAAAAAAAAACAAUGAGGACUGAAAGCGGAUCAGCAGCAGCAGCCGGAUUACCACACAGCCUCGGAUUAUUUAGGAUUUUUUACUGCUUUUAUUUCAUCUUAAAUUAUUAGCAGGUCAUAGAUUUUGUUCCAGACUGAGAUGUGGAUGACUAAUGAAGCGGCGGGGCGGCGGUAUAACGGGAAAUAGCGCAUCCGCCAUUUAUUUGGGGCAUUAAACAAGCUCGCGCGGUAUAUGAGCUUCACCGACCUUUUAUUUCAACUUCACUCUGUUUACUGCUGUCCAUCCUCUAAUUAUCUGCUAUAUUUGCUAUUUAAUCGUAAUUUCAACACCGUUGAAACGCCCUAAAGCAUCCAGUAGACUGUUAUAAACUAUUAUAACCUGCAUGUCUGUGGCACUGGAAUCUCUGACCUCUAUUUGUAGCCCAAUUAGCUUAUAUACAUUAUAAUAAUAAUUAAAAAAAAAAAGGUGUGUGAUUAUAUAAUAUAAUAUUACAUAGGUAACUUCUUUUAAAUGCAAGGGCAUACAGAUCUAGGAGGCUUACUCUGAAGUUAAAUAGCUUAAAGUCUCAAUUUCUGGCUUAAUAAGAAAAGUUUACAUUAACAACCAACACCACAUUUAACCUGUAAGAAGUCUACACAGAGAUCCAGGUGUGUUAGGAAGCAUGGCAGGUGUGUCAGCGGAGGAGCCCAUGCCGGGAUACUUGCAGCUCUUCUCCACAGCCUGCAGCGUUAUGCUGGACGCCUAUAGAGACUGUAAAGACUGUGGCGUCAAAAUGUCCAUACAGACCCUGCUGGACCAUGCACACAUCACACCUACAGAAAUCCUGCUCUUCUUCCUCUGCGUGGUGAUGUGGACCAGUCUGAGAUGGGCACUGACCUAUCACCUGUUUGUGCCGUUUGCCCGGUGGUGUCGUCUCCAUUCCAAAGAUGUGGCGAAGAUGCCAGAAAGUGCUUGGAAGCUGGUCUUCUACACGAUGUCGUGGUCCUACAGCACCUACCUGCUCUUCUUCUGCAACUACAGCUUCUUUCACAACCCUUCCUCUGUCUUUUACAACUGGACGAGCGGAAUGCAGGUGCCCGUGGACAUCGCCAUCGCCUACUUGAUCCAGGGGAGCUUCUACGGCCACUCCAUCUACGCCACGAUUUACAUGGAUGCAUGGAGGAAAGACUCCGCCGUCAUGCUGUUGCAUCACUUCAUCACUCUGGCUCUGAUUGCAUUCUCCUACGCCUUCAGGUAUCACAAUAUCGGGCUCCUCGUGCUGUUCCUCCAUGACAUUAACGAUAUUCUGCUGGAGUUCACAAAAAUCAACGUUUACUUCAAGGUCCGCGGAGGAAAAAGCUACAUGAUCAACGAUGUCCUGUCCAGCGUGGGCUUUGUGGGCUUUGGCAUCACAUGGUUCUGCUUCCGGCUGUACUGGUUCCCCCUCAAAGUGCUGUACGCCUCCUACAUCACCAGCCUGCAGUCCGUCCCCAACAUCCCUUUCUACUUUUUCUUCAACACUCUGCUGUUUGCACUGCUGCUUAUGAACAUCUACUGGUUCCUGUUCAUUGUGCAGAUGGUGGUGAAGGUUCUGACCGGGCAGUUGAAAGGGAUCAAUGACGUACGUGAGUAUGAAGAAAACGAGGUCCAGGAAUCAAUCAAGGCUGAGAGGCAUGACUCAGGAAAUCAGCGCUCCGGAGAAGGGAAUCACAUGCAGAAUGGAAUCAGCAAGAAGCACCAAUAACAGCCUCAGUACUAUCCCCUGCUGGCCCUCUACAGCAAUUGCAAGGAACAAAAAAGGGCAGUUUGACUCUGGCACUCCGUUUGUACUACAGGAACAAAAAAAAUCCCUGCUAGUUUUAGACUGUAAUCUGUUUUUUUGUCCUUAUUUUAAUAAAACUGUGAAUAUUAUUUAGGGGAUUUGUGUUUAAAUCUCGCAAAAACGGGUAGAAGUGAAGGAAAAGUUUUAUCGUUGUGUAUGUGUAAGUUGUUAAUACCAACAUGGGGCUGUUUAGUUUAAGCUGAGUCACCCUGUAAUUAUUUAAUUUAAUUAUUUGUUCAGCUCUGUUUUUCUUUAAGUGUACAAAAAUGAGAUUCAAACAGUAUUUCCUCUUACUCAAAGUUGCUAACGUAAAACUUAAUGGACGCCAGUUAUCACUGUACAAAGUCAACCAGAUCACUUAAUGUACAACUCUGAUGCGCCACUCAGGAGCCUUUUGACUGUUUUUGAUUCAGAUUCAUGCUCUUGCAUUAAAUCAGCUGCCUUUAUAGCAAUUUCCACUGAUUUGUAAUCCUGAGAACUUUCCCAUGGCCCUUCUUCUUGGAAAGCCUGUAGGUUUGAAAUUGAGUCCUUACACAAGUAUUCCUCAAUGCAUUGCUAUGAAUUCAAUACCUCAUUUGCUUUUAUAGAAGGGACCUUUCAUCAUGACGUGUUUAUACGCUGUAAUAGAUCUCAACCAGAAAACAGUCUACACAAGACGAGUGUUUACUAGAUACACCAUAAAAGCCUUAUGGUUUUUUUUUUUUUUCAUAUAUAGCCUCGCUUAUAAUAAAUAAAUGUGUUUUCAAAACCUAACCCGAUCUCUGAAGAGCCCAAGUCUGUCCACAUUAGUGGUUUUUGUUUAGCUAGUUUUUACUCUCAUUCCCGCCAGCUCCUGCAGUUAUUUUUAUUUGCACAUGCAUGUUGUUGAACACAGUAAAUACGUCAUAGAGGGCCAGGCGAGGACCCAGUACAGUAUCAUGGGUUUUUCUGACAGACAGACAGACAGACAGACAGAGAGAGAGGGAGGGAGGGAGAGAGAGAGAGAGAGAGAGAGAGACCCCAGUACACUCUAAUGUUAAUGAACAUAGCUUUUAUUGUCCAGUCAGCUUUCCGCAGGAUUCCAUGUCUUGUUUUGUUCCUGCUGUAAAGGGGUGCACACUUCCUGCCUCAGGUGUGUACACUGACUGCAUUUCUUCCAGGACAGUAGUUCACCACUGAUUUUGCCAUUUUUUCCUUAAAGUUUUUUGACAGUUAUUGCUUUCUGAACAAUUAAGAGAAUUAAACUCUGGGCUCCCAACACUGGA